AUGCUGAAGAUAUUUCCAAUUCUAGCCAUCCUUGCAGGCCACACCAGCGGAGUCGUGGUGACCAUCCCUGAGAAGACAGUGAAUGUCACAACAGGUGGAAAUGCAACCCUCCUCUGCACAUACACCAGUUCUGGACCACUGGGAAAUUUCUUUAUUCAGUGGAGUUUUUACAGUGCCAAAGAGAGCCAGCUGCAUACUAUCUAUUAUUACUCAGGAGGCCAUUCUUACUUCUAUGGAGCAUUUAAGAACAGGAUAACAGCUUCAACAAGUCCAGGGAAUGCAUCAAUAACAAUCUCCAACAUGCAGCCCUCAGACACUGGUUCCUACACCUGUGAAGUUUUCAGCCCUCAGGGUGAUUCUGGACAGAGUCAAAAAUCUGUGAUUGUCAAUGUGCUGGUCAAACCGUCAAAACCUUUCUGCAAAGUAGAAGGAACACCUGAAAAAGGCCAUCUAAUCUACCUCCUAUGCAACAGUGAAGAGGGAUUGCCUCGUCCCACCUACCGCUGGUACAAAGUCGAUGAGAAUACCCUCAAGCCGGUCACAGAGCAAUUUAAUCCAAACUCUGGCAUCCUUUACAUUGGCAACCUCACCACCUUUGAAACUGGCUACUAUCAGUGCAUAGCCAGCAACCUCCUGGGGAACAGCACCUGUGAGCUUGACCUAACAGCAAAACAUUCAGAUGGUGGUAUUGUUGCUGGAGCACUCAUUGGAGCAAUUCUGGCAGCUGCUAUAAUCUGCAUUAUCAUCUGGGUCUUAACCAAGAAGGCAAAAAAUAGGAAGUCACCAAAUAAUGAGAUGCAAGAAAUGGUUCAGAAACAAUCCAAUGCAGACUAUGUUCAGGUACCCAAUGAAGAAAACAUUCCUACAACGACAGUUACAUCAAACAAUGCAACAAAUGAAUAUCCAAGCACUGAUGAAACAGCAGCUCCAGCAACACCUGGAAAUGACUAG